CCUGUUUUUUCGCACUGGGCAUUCGCACCCUCCAACGUGUUCAUUCUCUGACACAACCCGACUACCACUUCCACGCCUCCCGACCCCUUUUCCGUUCCGCAGGCGGACGCUAACUCGCUCUCACACCGCUCUCUUCUCUGUCACCCCGCCCGCUCCUCCACCGCCAUGCCUAUCCUCGGUUGUGCCAUUCUGCCUCAUUCGCAAAUGGUCCUAGACCCAACCCUCCCCAACUGUCCCGAGGGCAUCCUAGAAGUGCAUGAAGGUUGCAAAGCCGUCGGGGAGGUUGUGGCGGCGUGGGAGCCGGAGCUUAUUGUGUUUUUGACGCCGCAUGGGAUUAGUGCGCCGAGGAGUCCACGGCCAGGAAUCUACCUAACGCCAUCAGCGACGGGGAAGAUUGAUCAAGGGGAUGAGAGUGGCAAUGCGGCGGGAUCCGCAAAGCCCGAGGAUGCGAUAGUGUAUGAACUCGCGAUACAGAUCGACAACGACCUGGCCACGGGGUUUCUGAACCAUUUGGGGUCGCAGGGCAUUGCCUGCGUAAAAAUAACCGGCACCGAAGCCCCCCUCGGCCCCUCCGAACUAAUCCCCCUCUGGUUCCUCCGCCGCGUCGCCAUGCUCCCCUUCGCCCCAAAAUACCUCCUCCUCUCCCUCCCCGGCCCCGUCGGCGGCACCUCCCUGCACCGGUCACCUUCCUCACAGGACCGCGUGCCCGACAUGCUCUCUUACGGCAACCACCUGUGGAAAUACCUGAGUUGGGUGAACAAGAAGGUCGCCGUGGUGGCAAGCGCGGAUUUGAGCCAUACGCAUGCGACGAGGUGUAGGGAUAAGCGGUUUCUGCCGGAUCCGGAGUGGGGAAUGCCGGUUUCGGAUGCUGCGGCGGUUUUUGAUGGGAUUGUUGAAAAAUGGGUCUCAACCCUAACCGCCGACUUCCUCCUCCGCGACGCCGCGGCCCUUGUCCGCUCCGCCAUCUCCUGCGGCUUCGACGCCUUCGUCGUCCUGCAAGCGCUCAUUGAAAAAGAGGGCAAACACCGCUUCUCGUCGCAUAUCUUCGCCCGCCAUCGGCCCACGUAUGUCGGGUUGAUUGCGGCGGUCAUGCAGGUGGAUAAACGGGUACCGAAUCCGGAGUUUACGUAUCGGCCGCCAGGGGUGGUGGAUGAGUGAUGACGGGAUGGUGACUUUUUUUGGGGACUGGGAGCUAGACACUGGUUGUCGUGCUCUCUUUUUGGACGUUUUUGGAGGACAGAAUUGUUUUGCCCGCUGCAUCCUAUUUAUCAUACGUAAUGCUUUCACAUAUAUACACAUCAUCAUGCAUUUUAG